AUGUCGGUCUUGGGGGGCAUCCCCUCCGUUGAGAGUACGCAGUAUCAGCAGCGUAUGGCGACCGGGUUUUCCUCGGAAACUAGAUUUACCUCGCAAACUGGAGAAACAUAUGCUUCGUCAACUACACUCGAGAAUGACGAGAAAGACAAGGAGUCGGAUAUUGAUAUUGAGGAUGAGGUUGAGGGGAUGGUCAGGGAACUGACCCGGCACUCCACCCAUUUCUCUGCAGCCAAUUCCAAAAACCCUUUCUUCGAGGAUGACACGGGCACUAGCUGGCACCCUGACAGUCCCAACUUCAGGACCAAGGAUUGGAUUCGUUCCAUGGUCGCGGCUCAGUCGCAAGACCCCGAGCGUUUCCUUCAACGCUCGGCGGGUGUGGCCUUCAAGAAUCUCUCCGUGCAUGGUUUUGGUAGUCCCACCGACUAUCAGAAGGAUGUUCUUAAUUCUAUUCUGAGUAUUGGUGGCCUAGUCCGCAACCUCGUCGGAAGUGGCAAGCAGAAGGUUCAGAUUCUCAGGAACUUCAAUGGACUUGUCAAGAGUGGAGAAAUGCUGGUGGUUUUAGGUCGUCCUGGAAGUGGCUGCUCGACGUUCUUGAAGACAGUUGCCGGUGAGAUGAAUGGUAUCUAUGUCAACGACCAGAGUUAUCUCAACUACCAAGGCAUCUCGGCCCCCAUGAUGCAGAAGCAGUUCCGUGGAGAAGCUAUCUUCAGCGCUGAGACCGAUGUCCACUUCCCUCAGCUUACGGUCGGGGAGACUUUGACAUUUGCCGCCCUGGCGCGUGCCCCGCGCACUCGAUUCCCCGGGUUGACAAGGAAGCAAUACGCCGAGCAUCUCCGGGACGUGGUGAUGGCUAUGCUCGGACUUCGGCACACAUUCAAUACUCGAGUUGGUAACGACUUCGUGCGUGGUGUCAGUGGAGGUGAACGCAAGCGAGUCAGUAUCGCCGAGGCUAUCCUCAGUGGUGCCCCGCUGCAGUGCUGGGACAACAGUACGCGCGGUCUGGACAGUGCAAACGCACUGGAAUUCUGCAAGAACCUUCGCCUGAUGAGCGACUACGCAGGCACGACGGCUUGUGUUGCGAUUUACCAGGCUUCGCAGAGUGCCUACGACGUCUUUGACAAGGUCGUUGUCCUCUAUGAGGGUGAACAGAUCUACUUUGGCCCGACCGGCGAGGCUCGUGACUUCUUUACCAACAUGGGCUUCGACUGCCCAUCUCGCCAGACCACGGCUGAUUUCCUCACCUCCCUGACCAGCCCGUCUGAGCGCAGAGUGAAGACGGGAUGGGAAGGAAAGGUGCCUCGGACACCUGCCGAGUUCGCGCAGCGCUGGCAAAGCAGCCAGGAGUGUGCUCGUCUCGCUCAAGAGAUCGAUGCUUUCGACAAGGAACAUCCCAUCGGCGGCCAGUCCUUGGCUACUUUCAGUGAAGCACGCCGCCAGAUGCAGUCAAAGCAGCAACGUGCCAAAUCUCCCUACACGCUCUCGGUCAUCGAACAAAUCCACCUCAACCUUACCCGUGGUUUCCAGAGACUUAGAGCUGAUAUGACCUUGACAUACUCUGCUCUUUUUGGCAACUUCUUCAUGUCUUUGAUCUUGGGCAGUGUAUUCUAUAACAUGAACGGGGAUACUUCCAGUUUCUACCAGCGUGAAGUAUUGCUCUUCUAUGCCGUUCUUUUGGCUGCGUUUGCCAGCGCGCUCGAGAUCUUGACCCUCUAUGCCCAGCGUCCAAUUGUGGAGAAGCAAUCCCGAUACGCCUUCUAUCACCCGUUCACCGAAGGAGUUGCAUCUAUGCUGUGCGAUAUUCCGUAUAAAUUGACCAACUCGGUGACCUUCAAUCUCCCGCUUUACUUCAUGUCCAACCUGAAACGCGAACCCGGGGCCUUUUUCAUUUUCUGGCUUUUCUCCAUCGUGACCACACUGACCAUGUCCAUGGUGUUCCGAACCUUCGGUGCCGCAUCGCGUUCUUUGGCGCAAGCCCUGGUUCCUGCCGCCCUGCUCAUUCUGGGUCUCGUGAUCUACACAGGUUUCAUCAUUCCUACCAAGGACAUGCUGGGAUGGUCUCGCUGGAUGAACUACAUUGAUCCCAUCGCGUAUUCGUUUGAAAGCCUGAUGGUCAAUGAGUUCCGCAACAGAGAGUUCCCCUGCGCCUCCUUCGUUCCAUCUGGAGAGGGAUACGAGAAUGUGGACUCCAUCAAUACCAUCUGUAGCACUGUCUCGUCCGUUGCGGGAGACCAGUACGUCAGUGGAGAGGCCUACUUGGAGACUGCAUACGCCUAUAGCAACGGUCAUCUCUGGCGUAAUCUGGGUAUUGUCUUCGGGUUCAUGAUCUUCUUCAUGUGCGUCUACCUCAUUGCGACAGAAUACAUCACUGAAGCUGCCUCUAAAGGAGAAGUCCUCCUUUUCCGCCGGGGUCAUCAGCCGAAGGCCCAGGCCCAGGAUUCUGAGACUACGGCAGACGCGACCUACCGCGCGGAAGAGAAGUCCGAGGGCGCUGGAGCUAAUAUUCAGAGACAGACUGCCAUCUUCCAGUGGCAGGAUCUCUGCUACGAUAUCAAGAUCAAGAGUGAAGAGCGUCGGAUUCUCGACCAUGUGAACGGCUGGGUCAAGCCCGGUACCGCCACCGCACUGAUGGGUGUUUCUGGCGCCGGAAAAACUACCCUCUUGGACGUCCUUGCGACUCGCGUGACCAUGGGUGUUGUCACCGGUGAUGUCCUCGUUGAUGGUCGUCCCCGCGACAGCUCAUUCCAGCGCAAAACCGGCUACGUUCAACAGCAAGAUGUUCAUUUGCCUACCUCCACGGUCCGCGAGGCUUUGGAGUUCAGUGCUUUGCUUAGACAGCCAGCCCAUAUUAGUCGUCAAGAAAAGCUCGACUACGUUAAAGAAGUCCUGGAGUUGCUCGGCAUGCAAACAUACGCUGACGCCGUUGUUGGUGUUCCCGGUGAAGGAUUAAACGUUGAGCAGCGUAAGCGUCUGACCAUUGCCGUGGAGCUCGUUGCCCGACCUCAGCUAUUGCUUUUCCUGGACGAGCCUACGUCUGGCUUGGACAGCCAAACCUCUUGGUCUAUUCUGGAUUUGAUUGAGACCCUGACCAAGCACGGUCAGGCUAUUCUGUGUACCAUUCACCAGCCCUCUGCCAUGCUGUUCCAGCGAUUCGAUCGACUCCUAUUCCUUGCCAAGGGAGGACGCACUGUGUACUUCGGAAAGAUCGGUGAAAACUCCUCGAUCCUGGCGGACUACUUCAUGCGCAAUGGUGGCCAUGCUCUUACCGACGGCGAAAACCCUGCGGAAUGGAUGCUCGAAGUAAUCGGUGCAGCCCCCGGAUCGCACAGCGAGAUCGACUGGCCAGAGACUUGGAACAAGAGCGCUGAAAAGCAAGCUGUUCUUGACCACCUGGCUGAGCUGAAGUCUACUCUUUCCGAAAAGCAGCCAGACGAGAACACCGAAACGGAACACCGCGAAUUUGCGUCUUCGACCAAAGAACAGCUCGUGCAGUGUCUUUCUCGGCUCUUCUCCCAAUACUGGCGCACUCCUUCCUAUAUCUGGUCCAAACUCAUCCUCUCGAUUCUCACUGCUCUGUACAACGGAUUCUCUUUCUUCCACGCCCAGAAUACCCAGCAGGGAUUGCAGAAUCAGAUGUUCAGUAUCUUCAUGCUUAUGACCAUCUUUGGCAAUCUGGUUCAACAGAUUAUGCCUAACUUCAUUAUCCAACGAUCCAUUUUUGAAGUCCGCGAGCGCCCAUCCAAGAUGUACUCGUGGAAGGUCUUCAUGGCCUCGAAUAUCAUCGUUGAGUUGCCUUGGAACUUCCUGGUUGCCGUUUUGAUGUUCUUCUGCUGGUACUACCCGGUCGGUCUGUACGCCAACGCUGAACCCACUGACGCCGUGCAUGAACGUGGCGCGCUGAUGUUCCUCUACCUAUUGGUUUUCCUGUGGUUCACAUCGACAUUCACGCACAUGGUCGUUGCCGGUGUGGAAAAUGCGGAAACUGGAGGCAACCUUGCCAAUUUGAUGUUCUCUCUUCUGCUUUUGUUCUGCGGUGUUGUCGCUACCCCCGACGCUAUGCCCAGAUUCUGGAUUUUCAUGUAUCGCCUUUCCCCAUUCACUUAUCUAGUGUCGGGAAUGCUGUCCACCGCUGUCAGUGGCACAGAUGUCACCUGCGCGGCUAACGAAUACCUUAUCUUCGACCCCCCGAGCUCCCAAACCUGCUACGGGUACCUGAGCGAGUACGCCAUUCGGACUGGUGGAAACAUCAUUAACCCCAACGCCACGAGCUCCUGCUCCUACUGCUCCAUGUCCAAAACCGAUACCUUCCUUGCCAGCGUGGACUCUUACUGGAGCGAUGCGUGGAGGAACUUUGGAAUCAUGUGGGCUUACUUGGUCUUCAACAUUGUUGUUGCCCUUGGAGUCUACUGGUGGGCGCGUGUUCCCAAAGGAACUAAGACCAAGGGAAGCGCUUAA